GAAAUUAUUAGCUGCAUAGUACUAAUGGACAGACGUACAUUACACAUAUUGUGAUUUUAUGCAAUUCAAUGUGAUGUUUAAAUCGACUUUAACUUGCUAGUACAGGUAUUCUAUACUUGACAGGAUCUUUAAUGGGUUUGAUGGUAAAACUUUUCCCGACCUUUUCAGUAAACAUCUAUCCAAACUCUAUAUGAAUGCCAAUGGUGCAGGGAUAUCUAAGCAUGGCAGAUAGUUGGAAGAAUUCAUGGAUAAACCUUAAUGCUUUCAGUCAACCUUCAAUAAAUGUGUGGAAAGGGAAAAACUAAGGAACUUUGGUGCUAAUAUCAGGUUGCUGAUGCCAAGCAUUUAAUAUCACAUACAUGUUUUCCUGAAGAUCUGAAUCAAAGUUUGGUACACAACUUGGUAUACAAGAACAAGCUGAAAACAUCUAGUUCCUUUAUACCCUUAUAGAAACCUGUACAUAGUGUCAAAGGAAUUACCAUUUCUUUCAAAGAUUUCUGGGAAGAGUAACUGACGAAAUAUGGAAGUAUUAUUUCUAACUCUGAAAUUAUUUAUUCAGCAUGCUUUUUCCAGCUAAAUAUCCAGCAGAUGACUGGGUAGUACAUUUGUCUAUGGUCUGGUAAAUUAUUUUGAAGUGACUGAUUUUGUUAAAGGAAUAACUGACAACAGUUCCUGUUCAGAAAUUAUUGAAGAAUGCCAAGUAGUUUUCUUGUAUCUCACAUCUACUAACAUAGAGGAUGGAAUUGCUACAAGUUCCAGUGGAUUUCCUUUUCAAUAUCAACACUCUUAUCUUGGUUAUGACUACUAUAUCACUUGCACAAGGUGAUUCUAAGACACUCAAAUUAUUAGAAGGGGACAAGGCAGAGAUGGACUUCCCCUAUCCAUGUUCCAACUCGAAGGUGACUCUUAGGAUGGGGAACCAGACCCCGUAUUACAACUCAAUUCUUGGAACUGCAUCACUUCCCAUGAGAUACAGUGUCCAGGAACAGAAUGCCACAGGAAACGGAAGUUGUUCCCUCCAUGUCAUGAUAAAUCCUGUUAGCAGGAAUGAUGAGGGUGCUUGCAUCCUUAAUGUCUAUCAAGGAGAUGAUGUUCUAAAGGAAUACACCAAGAGCAUUGACCUGCAGGUGGACUUUCCUCCAGGAAAGGCAUCCUGCAAGUUGAGCCAGGAGUACAAGCUCGGGGACUGGGUGUCACUGCACUGCACUGCUCCCGUUGGAACACUACCAGGUGAGAUCAAAUGCUUCCAAAGCGGGAUGAGAAUCCCACCAGUGGGUACCCCGUUUCAAACUAACCAGGUUCUGGAGCAGACAUUCUGGGUGGUCAAGAGAUCGCAUCCAACAUUCUGCUGCACUUCCACGCAAGAAGAGCCUGUGGAUAUGUGCGAGUGUAAGGACUCGGUAUGGGAGCCAUCAAAUGCGGAGCAGUCAAACAAUACCAAAGACCCGUGCCCAAAGAUAUACACGGUUCCAUCUAGCUCUCCAAUUUCAAAUAACUCAACAAUGGAAGCAAUCGCAUACACACAAGCAAUGCAUUCUUCAAAGAAAAGCUAUAUCCUGACUAUUGUUUGCAUGUUUCUACCAGUAAUCGUCAUUGUGCUGGUAUUUGUUGUGAUUAGUGGAGUCAUUGUAUACAAGAGUAAACGUCAAAAUUGGAAAAUUAAUCAACUCAAGAAGAAGAAAAGUUCUGUUAGCCAAGAUAAGGUGGUUUACAUGAAGGUUCCAACUGCAUAAAGACAAACAAGUCAUAUGCUGUGUAUACGUGUAUGUACAUCAUUUUCAAUAACUUCAGCAAUCACAGGUGUAUUUAAGCUUGAGCAGCAAAGAAAUUUUAGUGCAAUACAAAAUGAGUAAGACAAAGAUCCACAUGAGCAGUAAAGAUUAAUUUCAGUUAUGGUUAUGAAUUUGGAUAAUGGAGUCAAUUGUCUAUAAAUGAUUGUGAAAGGAUGUUUACACACCAAAGCACUGUUGUUUGUUGUAAAGUCUGGAUUAUACCAGAAUGAUAUUAAACAAAUUAUUAAAUAAUAUGUGGUAACCUGCACACAGUUUCGCGUAUGGGACCACCCAAAACUGUUGAAUUUGUUGAAUUUAAAAUUGUCAUGAUCUUGUUCCUAAAUAUUACUGAAUUAAUUUUGCAAGUCACAGUGAUUAUUUCAACUUUAACAUUAAUUUGAAGGCUGAUAUCAGAUCUGCACUGAUUAAAAUAAACUGCCAAUAAACUAAUCAGCAUGCAGCGUUCUGAAAAAUGGAUAUCAAGAACUGGAAAAUAUAUCUUAAACAAACAUAAUAUAAAUAAUGGAUGUUCAAGUCAAAUAAUCUUGAUACAAUGUACCAAAUGUAUUUUAAAGACAGCUUUGCCAUGUCAUUCAGACGGAUAUACAGGCAUGAAAGGUUAAUUUCUGCAAAAGUGAUUACCACCAUUCCUAAACUAAAAGGGGUGUCUCCAAUGUGAAAUCCUCCAUCAAUGACAAACUUUUUCUUACAUACUUUGUCCCAUUCCUUUUUUCUUCUUUUAUGUGGAGAAGCUCAUUCUUUCCAUAUCCUGCGAUUGGCUAUUGCUAUUAUAUAAAUUGUAAAUUCACUCUGCUCAUUAAAGUAAAGCAACAUACAUGUUGCACUUCACAAGCU